UUCUCUUCUCAGACGCUCAAGAAACAGAGAGACAGAAACAUGGACUUCCUGUGGGUUGCUACAGUCACUAUUUGUUUCAUGCCAGUUUUUCAUCUAGCAGAAUCUUACACUGCUCAUUAUGACAAGAUUUUGACCCACAGUCGAAUCAGGGCACGUGAUCAAGGGCCAAAUGUCUGUGCUCUCCAGCAAGUUAUGGGAACCCAUAAGAAAUAUUUCAGCACAUGCAGGAACUGGUACCAGGGAGCCAUCUGUGGAAAGAAAGCGACGGUUUUAUAUGAGUGCUGCCCUGGCUAUAUGAAGAUGGAAGGAGAACGAGGCUGUCCUGCAGUGGCUCCAAUAGACCACAUAUUUGGUACUUUGGGCAUAGUAGGAGCUACCUCCACUCAACGUUAUUCUGAGAUGUCGAAACUGAAGGAAGAAAUUGAAGGACCUGGCUCUUACACAUUAUUUGCACCAAGCAAUGAAGCUUGGAAUCUUUUAGAUCGUGAAAUCUACAGUGGUCUGAUUGAAAAUGUAAACAUCGAACUGUAUAAUGCUCUCCACAACCAUAUGGUAAACAAACGGAUGUUGACAAAGGACCUUCGGAAUGGCAUGACUCUGGUGUCUAUGUACAACAAUCAAAACCUGCAUAUAAAUCACUAUCCCAAUGGGGUUGUGACUGUUAAUUGUGCCAGAAUCACCCAUGGCAAUCAAAUUGCUACAAAUGGUGUUGUUCAUGUAAUUGAUCGUGUGCUAACUCCAGUUGGUAAUACUAUUCAAGACUUCAUUGAAUCUGAAGAUGAUCUCUCGUCUCUCAAAGCUGCUGCCUCUACAUCAGAUGUAAUGGAAACUUUAGGGAAGCCUGGGCAUUAUACACUUUUUGCACCUACUAAUGAAGCUUUUGAGAAACUUCCACGUGGAACCUUGGAAAGAAUAAUGAGAGACAAGGUGGCUUCUGAAGCUCUGAUAAAGUUCCACAUUUUAAAUACUCUUCAGUGUUCUGAAGCCAUCAUGGGUGGGGCAGUCUUUGAGACCAUGGAAGGGAAUACAAUUGAAAUUGGCUGUGAUGGUGAAAGCUUGUUGAUCAAUGGAGUCAAAAUGGUGAACCGAAAAGACAUUGUGACAAGUAAUGGUGUCAUUCAUCUCAUAGAUCAAGUGCUUAUUCCUGAUUCAGCUAAACAAGUUAUUGAACUUGCUGGCCCCCACCAAGCUACCUUCAAGGACUUGGUGGCUCAGGUUGGCUUGGCUGCAGCUCUACGGCCAGAAGAAGAAUAUACCCUGUUAGCUCCAUUGAAUGGGGCUUUUUCUGAUGACACUUUAAAUAUGGAUCAGAGAAUCCUUAAACUGAUUCUGCAGAAUCACAUUUUGAAAGUGAAAGUUGGCUUGAAUGAUCUCUACAAUGGACAAUUCUUGGAAACACUAGGAGGAAAGAAGCUAAGGGUAUUUCUAUAUCGAACAGCUGUGUGUAUUGAAAAUUCAUGCAUGAUUCGAGGAAGCAAAGAGGGAAGAAAUGGAUUUAUCCAUAUUUUUAGGCAAAUAAUCAAACCAGCAGAAAGAACUCUGCAUGAAAUAUUGCGAUCUGACAAACGAUUCAGCACUUUCCUUAGUCUUGUGGAAGCUGCAGGCUUAGAAGAGAUUCUGUCCCAGCCUGGUGAUUGGACUUUCUUUAUUCCAACCAAUGAUGCUUUCAAAGGCUUGACUGAACAAGAAAAAGAGAUUCUGAUAAGAGACCAAAAUGCUCUUAGGAAUAUUUUGCUUUAUCAUUUGAUACAAGGAGUUUUCAUUGCAAAUGGAAUUGAACCUGGUGUGACUAGCAUUCUUAAAACUAUCCAAGGUGGCAAACUAUAUUUGAAAAUGAUAAAUGACACUCUUCUGGUAAAUGAACUGAAAUCAAAAGAAUCUGAUCUCAUGGCAACUAAUGGUGUGAUUCAUGUCAUAGACAAGCUUCUGUAUCCUGCAGAUAUGCCAGUUGGAAAUGAUCAGCUCCUUGCAAUUCUCAGAAAAUUGAUUAAGUACAUUCAGAUCAAGUUUAUCCGUGGUAGCACAUUUAAAGAAAUUCCACUAACAUUUUACAAUAUUAAAAAGAUUACAAGGGUAGUUGGUGGUUCCACAAUUCGAAAGGAGAUUGAAGUGCCAUCCAUUACAAAGUUCACCAAAGUGAUUGAAGGGGAGCCAGAAUUUAAGCUGGUCAGGGAAGGAGAGACAAUAACUAAAGUGAUUCAUGGAGAGCCUAAAAUUAAAAAAUACACAAAAAUAAUUGAUGGGCAUCCUGUGGAAGUGACUGAAAAAGAGGUGACUGAAGAAAGAAUUAUUCAAGGCCCUGAACUGAAAUAUACUCGAAUCACUGCUGGUGGAGGAACAGAUAAUGAAGAGACUCUUAAGAAAUUGCUAGAGGAAGCUGGAUCUGAGUACACUAAAGUUACUAAAAGGAUUGAAGGAGAGCCACAGAUUAUUGAAACAGAAAUAAAGAAAAUUCAUCUGGAAGACAUCCCAGUAAGAAAAGUACAGUCAUCUAGAAGGGCACAAGGAUCACUACGGAGAAAAACAAGACUUGUCAGACCUGGCACAAGAAGACAAAAUCCACAGAAAGAGAACUGAAAAAGCUUUGAAAAAUUUAAACAAAUUUUAAAAAAUUAACAAGGGAAAAUUGUUUACUAACUCAUGUGUUCGCAUUAGGGUAUAGUACUCGCUAUUGAAUAAAAUCUCACAAAUCUUUAUGUGUUAGAAAAAAUAAAUUUAGAAUUAUCUGUUUUCUAUGAAUAACUGAUUAGAGUAGAUGUUCUGAAAGUAUGCAAACACAGAUAAGUUCCAUUGAUUUUGGUGGAUCUUAUUUCUGAGCCAUUGUAUAUUAAAUAACCUGAAAAGAAUAUAUGUAUGUGUAUCUCCAUUAUAUCAUUUAUGUACAGAAGACAACUAUAAUGUUUCUGAAACAUUUUCCUUAAAAAUAAAAAACAACCUUAUUUGAAUAAUUACUUCUGUUGGGAAGUAAUAUAAAAUUUAGAAUUCAUUUGAAAAUGUUUAUCUAUAAGGCUAUGUAUUAAUACUAUUAAUACUAUAUUUAUAUAUAUAUAUAUAAAAGAUACUAUUAAUCAUUAUUAACAUGGGGUUGUUUGUAAAUUGUCAUUUUUAAUUACCUUAUUUGCUUAUUCUUCCAUAUUUUAAUAUUACAUAUAGCCUUGUAAAUGAAAUAACAAAUUUAAUCGAGGUGCCUUAAUUCUGCUGUGUUUUGUCAAAAAAAAUUCAGAGUUCCUUUCUCGAAUUCUAGUUUGAGAAUUUUUUUUCCAAUAACGGGUGUGAAUUAUUAUUUUUAGUAAAAAAAAAAGACAUGAGAUUUUCUGGAUGGCCAAGGAUGGGGGUUGGGAGGCCUGUUAUUUUUCUGAUUCCUUAUAUAUAGUUUCAAGCUGUGUUUCUAGAAAGUCUAGAGUUCUGCAGUGAGAUCUGAAACAGCCAACUACACACAAAAAGGCCUAAUACUUCAAGGAGCA